CGCGUCUAUAAAAGUUUGGAGUAGUGCAGAAACCCUAGUUCCGAGUUGGAGUAGCUGAGCUUGAACCCUUCCAACGAAGGAGACUGCGCGAUGGGUGCCUACAAGUAUGUCUCUGAGCUAUGGCGCAAGAAGCAGUCAGAUGUCAUGAGGUUCCUUCAGCGUGUAAGGUGCUGGGAAUAUCGUCAGCAACCUUCCAUUGUUCGUGUGACAAGACCUACACGCCCUGACAAGGCCCGUCGCCUAGGUUAUAAGGCUAAGCAGGGCUAUGUUGUUUACCGGGUUCGUGUAAGGAGGGGUGGCCGCAAGAGACCAGUUCCCAAAGGUAUUGUUUAUGGUAAGCCAACAAACCAGGGUGUUACCCAACUGAAAUUCCAGAGGAGCAAGAGGUCUGUUGCUGAGGAGCGAGCCGGAAGGAAGUUGGGUGGCCUUAGGGUCCUCAAUUCUUAUUGGGUGAAUGAGGACUCAACCUACAAGUACUUUGAGAUAAUUAUGGUAGAUGUUGCCCAUGCUGCCAUCAGAAACGAUCCAAGAAUCAAUUGGCUGUGCAAUCCAGUGCACAAACACAGGGAAUUGCGUGGACUUACUUCAGCUGGCAAAAGCAACAGAGGUCUACGUGGCAAGGGACAUCUUUAUCACAAAAAUCGUCCAUCCCGCAGGGCAACGUGGAAGAGAAACAACACCCUUUCCCUUCGUCGUUAUCGUUGAUUUAUUUCUAUGCAGUUAUCUCUUAUUUCAUUAUCUGAAUACCAUUUUGAGGACAUGGAAUUUGAUGUUUUGACUUCCAAGUCGUUGAGUUUUGAACGCCUGAAUCAAAUACUUUUCUAUAAUUUGUCAA